AUGGUGAUGACCGAGUACACUUACGUUUUUGUAAUCGGCACUGGCUUUGCCUUGCUUGAAGCCUUCAACAAUGGCGCAAAUGAUGUUGCCAAUGCUUGGGCUACCAGCGUGUCAUCACGGUCCGUGACUUACAGGCAAGCCAUGGUCCUCUGCCUCGUCUUCGAAAUGCUCGGCGCUCUGGCCGUGGGUGCCCGAACCGCAUCGACUAUCAAGAAUGGAAUCAUCCCCCUAUCAGCUUUCCAAAAUAACGCUGGCGUUCAACUGCUUGCGUUUACUUGCGCCGCUGCUGGUGCCUCCCUCUGGGUCCAGUGGUGUACUCGCCACUCCGCCCACGUCUCCUCUACCUAUUCUCUUAUUUCAUCCAUUGCCGGCGUUGGUGUCGCAACUGUUGGUGUCUCUGGUGUCCAGUGGGGAUGGAAUAAUGGCAAAGGCCUCGGCGCAAUCUUCGCCGGCCUUGGAAUGGCUCCCGCCAUCUCUGCUGUCUUCGCCGCUGUUAUCUUCAUGCUUAUCAAGUUGGUUGUCCAUGUUCGAAAGAACCCUAUCCCUUGGGCUGUGUGGACUUCUCCAUUCUUCUUCCUGAUCGCUGGUACCAUUUGCACUCUUUCCGUCGUCUACAAGGGCUCCCCGAGACUUGGCCUGGACAAAAAGCCUGCGUGGUUUAUUGCUUCCGUCACUCUCGGCGUUGGCUGGGGUCUGUUUGUCCUGUCUGCCCUCUUCUUCGUUCCCUACGUUCACGCAAAGGUGCUCAAGAAGGACUACACCGUUACACUGAAGCAUGUUGUGCUUGGCCCCAUGCUCUUCAGCCGUCAGGCUCCUGAAGAUGCGGUGCAUGCCAAGGUACCUGACUAUACCGUUCAUCAGCCUGACCCUGAGGAGACUGGCGAUGACGACAACAGCCAGUCAGAUGUUGGAGUGCUCGAGAACAAAGGCAUGUCAACUAGUAUCUCCGAUGCCGAGAAAGCAGCGGAACCCACUGCUCGACCUACAACCACAACGAAGAACAACAACAACAAGCUGAUUCUGGCCGAGUGCAAUCAAGAUGGCUACAAGAGGCUUAUGGAAGAAGCAAGAGAGCGCCACCACGCCAAGCUCAGAAAGGCCCGCGGUCCCUUGGGUUGGGCCAUGCGCAGAUUGCAUGCUAACCCUAUGGGCGCUGGAUCCAUAUAUGAGAUGCACAACGUGAUUGCUCUCUCCAAACGCCUUCCUGCUAUGGUCGUCGUUGCUCUUCUCUAUGGUAUGCACUAUGACAUUCAUUCUGCUCAAAUCGGUAUCGAAGGCACACCUGAGGGACGCCGUAUGCAACGUGUUUACGACAAAGCCACCAAGUAUCCCAACGAAGUCGAGUACUUGUAUUCUUUUGUCCAGAUCAUUACCGCUUGCACUGCCUCCUUUGCCCAUGGUGCCAACGAUGUCGGCAAUGCGGUUGGUGUCUGGGCAGCCAUGUACUCUGCCUGGUCUACUGGCAAGGCUCUCGCUGCCAGUUCUCAAGUCGAGCUGUGGCAAAUUGCUGUCAUGGCCUUGACCAUCUGUGUCGGUUUCAUUACUUACGGUUACAAUAUCAUGAAAGUCAUGGGCAACAAGAUCACCUAUCACUCACCCAGCCGAGGCUCUUCGAUGGAGAUGGGUGCCGCUAUCACCGUCCUUGUUUUCUCGCAAUAUUCCUUGCCGGUUUCAACGUCCAUGUGCAUCACCGGAGCUACUGUUGGCGUUGGUCUGUGCAAUGGCACCUUGAAGGCUGUGAACUGGCAGCGAGUCGGCUUGCUUGUUUUCUCUUGGAUUAUGACUAUCCCCAUUGCUGGUCUCAUCGGUGGUUGUCUCAUGGGCAUUCUACUCAACACUCCCCAUUUCAAGUAA